UGUUGGCAGCAGUGUCGGCUGUUGCAAAUGGUGGAUUGCGUUACUUUUUCUCGUGCUCCGUGUAAAAUAUUUACGUAAAAUAGUGUUAAUUUCGUGGUGCAGUGUUUCUGACUUACAGAAACAUGUCGGAAACACUGCCGAACAACAAAAAACAAGUGCCGAGGCAGUUGCGGGAACGCAAGCAACGCAAACUGUACUCAGAUGAAUGGGCACUUGGUGAUGAUGAAGCUGAAGGUGGCCGUGGGUUUUCACUGGCUGAUAAACUGGAGAGUCCCAGGUUCGAACAUACUGGAGCUGUCAUCGAAAUGACUGGACCAGAACUUACCAUUUCAUAUCUACAGAAGAAUGGCUUCACAACACCGUUACUGUUUAAAGAGAAAAAUGGAUUAGGAUUGAGGGUGCCUACAAGCAACUUUACUGUGAACGACGUGCGCAUGUGCGUCGGCUCCCGCCGUCUGCUCGAUGUCAUGGAUGUCAACACGCAGAAGAACAUCGAGAUGACAAUGAAGGAUUGGCAGCGUUAUUACGACGAUGCCAACAAGGAACGUCUGUUGAAUGUGAUCUCGCUGGAGUUCUCGCACACACGUCUCGAGAACUACGUGCAAGCGCCGCGUAUAGUGCGCCUCAUCGACUGGGUGGACACAGUGUGGCCACGUCAUCUCAAGGAUCAGCAGACUGAAUCCACCAAUGCUCUGGAUGAUAUGAUGUACCCCAAAGUACAAAAGUAUUGCCUCAUGUCAGUCAAAGGCUGCUAUACGGAUUUCCAUAUUGAUUUUGGAGGCACAUCGGUGUGGUAUCACAUUUUGAGAGGUGCGAAAGUGUUCUGGCUAAUCCCGCCUACAGAGAAGAACUUGCAGCUGUACGAGAAGUGGGUGCUAUCAGGCAAACAAUCGGACGUAUUCUUUGGUGAUACAGUUGAGAAAUGUAUUCGUGUUCAUUUACAAGCGGGACACACGUUCUUCAUCCCGACGGGUUGGAUCCACGCGGUGUACACGCCCAGCGACUCCCUCGUAUUCGGAGGCAACUUCCUGCAUCAGUUCGGUAUCGAGAAACAGCUCAAGAUCGCUCAAGUUGAAGAUGUCACCAAGGUACCACAGAAGUUCCGUUACCCGUUCUUCACGGAGAUGCUGUGGUACGUGUUGGACCGCUACGUGAACGCGUUGCUCGGCCGCACGCACCUCGCCAUGGAGGGCGUGCCUCCGCCACAGCUCACCACGCCCAAGGAACACGUGCAUCUCACACAGAACGAACUGCACGGACUCAAGGCAAUCGUGAUGUACUUGCACCAGCUGCCCGCGGCGCGCAAAUCGGUGCCGGAGCUGUUGAGUGACCCCAUAGCACUGGUGCGCGACGUGCGUACCCUUGUCGAGCAGCAUCGACAUGACAAGCAGCACCUCGCGGUCACAGGAGUGCCUCUGCUUAAAGGUCCCGACGAGGCAACGAGUGAGCGGCGUCAGUCGAGUGGACGCGGCGGGCGUGGCGGUGGUCAUCGCGGCCCGCCCUCGCGACCCCGUCCCGAGCACGCCAACUCUGCGCCCCGCAGGCGACGUACCAGAUGCAAAAAGUGCGAGGCGUGCCUGCGCACGGAUUGCGGCGAGUGCGUGUUCUGCCACGAUAUGGUCAAGUUCGGCGGACAGGGGCGCGCCAAGCAGACCUGCGUCAUGCGACAGUGCCUACAGCCAAUGUUGCCGGUGACAGCGUCGUGUGCGGUGUGUCACCUGGACGGCUGGAUGCAGACGCCGGUCGCGCCCCAAGCCAAGGGUAACUCCGGACGGAAUGGUCCGUCGUCGUUGCGCGAGUGCUCUGUGUGCUACAGCAUCGUGCACCCAGGCUGCGUGCCCCCCGGCGGUCAGCUCAACGAGGACCUGCCCAACUCCUGGGAGUGCCCCACAUGCACCAACAUGGGACUCAACCAUGAUUACAAACCGCGUCAUUUCCGUGCACGUCAAAAGUCGUCAGAUUUGCGGCGCAUGAGUGUUGGCUCCGAUGUCAGUCAGCUAGGACAUCAUAAUCAUCAGAGUAAACUGCAGCUGCCUCCGCCGGGGCCAAUACCUGUCAAGUCUGAGACGGGCUCCGACAACGAGGGCAAGAACGACGGCUUGCAUCUCAAAUCUGAAGACGAUAUAAAGCGCGAGGAGUGCGGUGGCGAGGGUAAUGCGGAGGAGAAUUGGGAACCGGCGGCGAAGAAGCGUCGCUGUAGCCAUGAGGACGAGGCGCCCAAGAAGCAGGCGCUGCGGGCCCACCUCGCGCUGCAGCUCACGCACCACACCGGGAAGGUACGUCCGAAGAAUCUUAAGAAGCCCUUAUACCCGGUGCGACCGGUGGGGUACUGCGGGGCGCAGCACGCGGGCGUGCCCUGGCUGGACCGCGACGCUAUGAUCGCUGUCUUCUCCAAGCUCACCCCCAUCGACCUCACCAGCUGCUCACUCGUCUGCAAGGCCUGGGCUGAGUACACGGCGGACCCCAGCUUGUGGCGCACCAUGUCGUUCGUUCAGGUGCGCGUGUCGGCGGCGCAGCUGGCCGGUAUCGUGCGCCGUCAGCCGCACACGCUUGGCCUCGAGUGGUGCCAACUCGCCCGGCGGCAGCUCGCCUGGUUACUAGCUCGUCUGCCAACGCUACGUACGCUGUCGUUGGCGGGGUCGCCGGCGGAGGCGGCCCUGGCGCUGCGGUCACCGUCCUGCCCGCCGCUCACCACGCUCGAUCUAUCGUUCGCGCGCUGCCUGGACGACGCCAAGCUGCGUGGAGUGCUGGCCCCGCCGGAGACCUCAAGGCCGGGCGGCGGCGCACGAACCGGCGCCGAGCCCUCGCGCCUUGCCGCGCUCUCCGUACUGCGCCUGCCCGGCACCGAUAUCACUGACGUCGCUAUGCGAUACGUUGUACAAGCGUUACCGAAGCUGUGCGAGCUGGAUGCCUCGUCGUGCGCGCGACUGACGGACGCGGGCGCGGCGCAACUGGCGCACCACGCGCUGCAGCGGCUCUCAUUGGCAGGCUGCCGGCUUCUCACCGAGGCCGCGCUCGACCACCUCGCGCGCUGCCCCAACCUCGUGCGAUUGGAUCUCCGACACGUGCCGCUGGUGUCGACGCAAGCGGUGAUCAAGUUCGCGGCCAACUCCAAGCACAACUUGCACGUGCAGGAUGUGAAGCUGGUAGAGCUGAGGAAAACCUGAUGCGAGACUGCGCCCGAGCCGGCGCCCCAACCCGAGUCCGAGGCAACGCCCGAGGCCGGGACUGAAGAAGCCGCGCUCGAGGCCCCCGCCCAGGCAGCUCCUGAGGCCCCGAUGGUCCCUGAGGUCCAGGCGGCCCCUGAGACCCAGCCCGAGUCCGCGCCCGACGCAGCGACCACUGAAUGACUUGAUGUGGAACCUUGUGAUGUGUAGUGUAGUGUGACAGUGUGUGUUGGUGGCAUACGAUUGUGUGAUUAUUGUGUGACUUACCAUUCUCAUUCUCUUCCACAAUAGUUCUAGUCUCGCUCAGUUUACUUUAGGUAACUGACAAUAAUUUUUUUUAAUGGUAUUGUGUUAUUAUUUUUUAUGUUGGUACCCUUUUCGGUUUGAAAAGGCUCGAUGAACAAUCAGGGUAUUAAAUAUAAUUAAAAUUUCAACAAUUUAUUAUGAGGCUUGUUUGUUCUGUACCAUAAAUUUCAUGUUUUACACAACAUAUCAAAAUUACUCGCUAUGCUAUCAACAUACAAAUGUAGAUAUUAAAGAAAAAGACUUAAAAUAAGCCUAAUGUGUAAUAUUGUUGAAGUGAUACAGUUUAAACAAAAAAAAUAUAUUAGAUAAUACAGCUCUCGAUUGUAAGAGCUAGACAUUUUUAGUAUUUAAGAUUUAAAUGUGGAUUGUGUAGACAAUUCAGCUAUUAUAUUAAACCAAAUAUUGUUCACUAAUAUGUGGUCUCAGAACAUGUGACAUAGAUUAAUUUUGAUAGGGAAUUACUAAAUUGGUACAUUGUUUGUACAGGCAUCUUUAUGAGUUUCCACUGAAGAAAACAUGUACAAAUCAUUUUGUCAUCCCUCACUAUAUCUUUGAAAAAACAGAGAUGACAAUAUGACAUUCUACAUAGAUUUCAAAAGUGGAAAUGUAAAGGAUAAUGUAGCAGAAAUAGUCUUUUUCUAAUAAACACUUUGGUCUUUACAUAAAGUUCAUCAUAUUAUUUGACAGGAAUUUAAUAAAGUUUUAAAAUACUAAAAACCACAGGACUUUAAUUCAAGUAGCUUAGAGAAAUAACUAAAAGGAAAAUAUUACUCUUUAAUAAAAUAAAAAAAACUUGAAAUGGAUAAACACACCGGAUUUCGAAAAAUGUAAAAAAACAUAACAAAAUUAUUCAGGUUUAGUGCUAAAUUUGCCGACCAUGACAAGAUAGUACAACAAGGAUUGUAACACUUUGUUAUGACCAGAGCUAGAGAGCUAUUUAGUUUGGCUUAUGCACCCAGCGGGGCUAGACAAAGUUCCUUCGAUUUGAACACUUCCAUAAAGAAUUUCAAAAAUGUUUGGAACUGACACGCGACAGUCACGUGACUUAUCGAAAGUUAUUGUCAGUUCUAUACAACUUUGAAGUUUCUUAUGGAAUGGCUUCAUAGCGAAUGAAUUUUGUCCAGCCUCCCAGGGUCUGAUAACUUCGUCGCUUUAUGUUUAAAUGUCAGUUUUGACAAUUUAAUUGAAUUGUAAAGCCUUAAACAUGUGAUAUGUUAUAUCAUGGAAUGUUUAAUUCUAGUUAGAUAUGUGAUAAUCGUCCUAAUUGCGAUAUCUCAAUAUAUCGUAGGAAAUUCUUUAUAAUAUAGCACGAGACAAAAUGUAUUGAUCAGAUAUUUCCCUUAAUACAUUUGGUUUAAAUCAAAAGACAUAUAGAUAUUUUUUUAUAAGAGAAGGUGGCAAACGAAACAAGCACUGAGGUAAUCAACGAUACUCAUGGAUAUCUGCAACACUAGAGGAACUGCAGAUGUGUUGCCGGUCUUUGAUGAAAUGUUAUUAAUAUAAAAUUGUUAAUAAUUUAAUUAAGACUAGCAACACUGUAGUCUCCUUGGUGUUGUCAUGUCUAUGACCGUCGAUGACCUUUGUGUUCCAGCCAGUGUUUACUCUUGUCUUAUGAAAAAAAUAAGUUUGAGUUGUAAUUUUUCUUUUUCUUUAGUUCACUAUUAAUCUCUCAUGCUAUACUUAAAGAAAUAUCAUUAAUGUAUGUAAAUAUGUUUAUUUAAAAGUAAUUAUUUUAAGAAUAAAAAACUGAUUAAUUUGUGAAUGUAGUUUUGCCUCACUAAAUCUACACUUAGAGAUAACUCAGUGUAGUUUAAGUAAUGUUUCUGCCUUAUGUAGAACAAAAUUAUUCUAUCCUUUUUUUUAUAAGUUCUGUGGUUGAAUUGUACGAAACCCGAGUGUUUGUUGACCUAAUACAUAAUUGUAUGAUUUCCAACUAAUAUUUUUGUGUGCUUUUGUUCAUAUUAUGUUCAAAAAGAUUUAUUUCAACCAAAAUUUGAACCAUGAAUACCAUCUGUGUAUUUUUUUUGAAACAAUUUUGUUGGCAUUUGAGUUGGCACGUUCAGAACUAGAGUACUUAUGUGGACAACGUGCCAACUUAAAUGUAGGCUUCCUUAGAUAUAAUUUACGCCAAAAAUUAUUAGUUUUUAAAUUAAGUACUUUAGUUUUAAUCAAAUGACAAGAAUGUUUAAUACAAUUUUUAUAUUCAGUUUUUGUUUUGCACAUUAUUUUCUUCCGCACAAUAGUUAUUGAAAGUUAAUAAUUUUAUUACAUAAUGUUGUAUAUAAAUAUAUAUUUUAUUUGUUAUUCUUAACACCAUC